AACUGGGCCCGAUAGAAAACCCUAGAGAUAUAUAAAUGAGAAGCCGCCACAAGUAUCAUUAGGUCUUCCUCUCUCUCCAGUUGUCGAAGCCGCUUCUUCUUCUUCACUGUUGCCCUGAAGCUCUCUAACCAUGGCUGUCGGGAAGAACAAGAGGAUCUCCAAGGGUCGUAAAGGAGGCAAGAAGAAGAUUGUUGAUCCUUUCUCCAAGAAGGAUUGGUAUGAUAUCAAGGCUCCCUCUAACUUCACUCACAGAAAUGUCGGAAAGACCCUUGUUUCCAGAACUCAGGGUACCAAGAUUGCCUCUGAGGGAUUGAAACACAGGGUUUUUGAGGUCUCUCUUGCUGAUCUUCAAAGCGAUGAGGAUCAUUCUUACAGGAAGAUCCGUCUCAGAGCUGAAGAUGUUCAGGGCAGGAAUGUGUUGACCCAGUUCUGGGGUAUGGAUUUCACAACCGACAAGGUGAGGUCGUUGGUGAAGAAGUGGCAGACUUUGAUUGAAGCCCAUGUCGAUGUGAAGACCACAGACAGCUACACUUUGAGGAUGUUCUGCAUUGGUUUCACCAAGAGGCGUGCUAACCAGGUCAAGCGUACUUGCUACGCUCAGUCCAGCCAAGUCCGCCAGAUCCGCAGAAAGAUGAGUGAGAUUAUGGUGAAGGAGGCUUCAUCAUGUGACCUUAAGGAGCUUGUGGCCAAGUUCAUCCCGGAGUCCAUUGGGAAGGCGAUUGAGAAGGCGACACAGAACAUCUACCCAUUGCAGAAUGUGUUCAUCCGUAAAGUCAAGAUCCUCAAGGCUCCUAAGUUUGACCUUGGAAAGCUCAUGGAGGUUCAUGGUGACUACACAGCGGAGGAUGUUGGUGUGAAGGUAGACAGGCCAGCUGAAGAGACAGCUGAGGAACCAACUGAAAUCAUCGGAGCAUAGAAUAUUUAUAGAUUUGUUUUUUUCAUGUUUGGCAAGAAAAACUAAUGUUGUGGAGUUUUGUUAAGAGAACUUCUACCUCUUUGCGACUGUUUUUGUUCUCUUUUUUGAUGGAUUAUCACUCUUGUUUAUCAUAGUUUUUAUAUUGUCUU